CCCUCCGCCGUCCACGCGCGCCGUCGCCGCCACCGCCGUUCCCGUUCAACCUCGCCGCGUCCCCGCCUUCUCAACCGAUUUGGUUUCCGAGAGAGAUUGGAUAAAUUUUUGAUCGUAUCGACAUGCAAAGGUGAAGGGGGAAUUUAUCUGCAACUGCAAUAACUUGUGGUGGGAUAACAUGGUUGACAUGAACUCUGAUCACAUUUUUGAGGUUCCUGACACUCCCGACCGAAUACAGCAGCCAACAUGCCCUGUAUCUAGCUCAGCUGCUACGAGAGGCAUUACAGCAGUCAACAUUUUUGAGGUUCCUGACACUCCUGACCGAGUACAGCUGCCAAAAUACCCUGUAUCGAGCUCAGCUGCUACGAGAGGCAUUACAAGGAUGCGUGGAGAUCCUUCACCGAACCGCAUAAUGAAAUUUAAGAUCAAGAAUUAUUCCUCCAACCAGGGUCAAUCAAGUAGAGGGAGCGCAACUGGUGAACUGCGUGCACCCUUAGCAACCGGGGAUUUGUUUAAACAAGCUGAAGUGGCACGGUUGUUGCCAGAAGCAAAACAAUCCCCACCAAAAUUAGAUAGGGCUACUGGAAAAUCUGUUGUGAAUGGCUAUGGGGCUCGCACUCUUGGUUUGGGUCAGAGCAGCAGCAUUUCAAACAACAUGAUAUCGGGCGCUGGAGUAAGCGGCAAUAGCUGCCAAAUCAGAGAAGGGAAGUUUAGUCAUCGAGAUGCAAGCCGUCGGAACAUGGACUUUCUUGGUGUGGGAUCAAGUCUUCCUACUAUGCCAGUGGGAAAACCACAGAACAGAGCAAAAAGUAGCACCUCUAAUGGACUGAAGGAAGCAGUAGGUACUGAUGAUUUUUCACAAUCGAGUCCCACUGGGGACAAAAGGGAAGCGGUCAAUUUCAAGGGUACAGCAGGGCUCUCAAGUCUUACACCAUGUGAUGUUCCUAAUAAACAUGUGGGACAAAGAAAGUGGGUGCGGAAUGGUUUUAUUUCUCCCUCUAACAUAGUCCAAAGAAAUCUAAAAGCUGAUGAAAAGCAGGAAAUGUGCUCUACAAGUGGAGUCUUACACCGGCCAGAUCCUCGGGCUGAUGUUUCCCAUGAAGGAAAUAUAAUUGAUCUUACGGAUUCACCAACAGUAACAAGGAAAGGAAACACAGCAACUGAUCGGUUGAUCACCAGAAAUGUGGGGAGUCUAGUUCCACAGGGUGCAAAUCAAGCAAGCAGCAGUAAUUGUUCUGAAGGUUUUAACAACAAAGGCAAAGAAAUUAUCCAUGAUCUCAUGCACACCGAACGGUCUGGAGAGGAUAAUACAAUGAGGGUUUGUCCAAGAGGUGUAGUAGAUUCUUCUGUUGUAAACGGUGAUAUUUCUGGCAUAAGUUCUCAGCAAGGUUGGCGAAGAACACAUAAUCACACUAGUAAGUUAUCCAGGUCAUUAUUGGAUACGAUGACCACUAGUUGUGGAAUAGAAUCUGGAUCUUCUGGACCAUCUAAUCAGGGUCAUGAAACUGCAGUAGGAGACAGCAAUAACUCAUUUAGUGCAGCAACAACUACACGGUCAACAAGUGGGACUACAAAGAUCAGUAAAGGAAAGAGGAAACUCACCUCAAGUUCCUAUUAUCCUGGUGAUAGCUCUAGUUCUCUUCAUGAACAUAGUGGUUCAUGUCUUGCAUCUUCAGACACAACAGCUGGCAGAAAUCAUACCACAGUUUGUCACGAUACUCCUGUAAUAGAUAUUGAUAACCUAUAUUCCCCUGAAGUUAGACCUCAUUUGAGGGGCAACCAUCAUGGAACCUCGAUUGGUCCUAACAUAAGUGCACAGUUGGAGGCUGAUGAAAUGUUGGCUCGGCAACUUCAGGAGCAGCUUUACAAUGAAACACCACGUGUUGCUCCUAGAGAAGACAUUGAUGCAAUUGUGGCAAUGUCACUUCAACAUGAAGAAGAUGCAGUGCGGACAUCCAGACCCGUAAGGAGGUUUCAAAAUGAAACACCACGUGUUGCUCCUAGAGAAGAUAUUGAUGCAAUCGUGGCAAUGUCACUUCAACAUGAAGAAGAUGCAGUGCGGACAUCCAGACCCGUAAGGAGGUUUCAAAAUGAUACUAGAGCUGCAAGAGCAUCCCGCUCGAGUGCUGCUCAGCGUGCGAUCAGGGCUAGAUAUGAGACGGCAAUUUCUGAUAUGCGGAAUGCGGCUCCAAUAACUUUGGGACUGAGGGCUAUGAUUCCUGGAUAUCCUGGAUUGCGUAUUCAACCUAAUAUUGAUUUAAAUGAUUACGACGCGCUACUUGCAUUAGAUGAGAAUAACCACCAGCACACUGGUGCUUCAGAAAGUCAGAUCAAUAACUUGCCACAGUCGGUAUUUCAGUCAGCUAGCACUGAAGAGCCUUGCGCAGUAUGCCUCGAGAAUCCCUCUGUUGGAGAUACCAUCCGCACUUUGCCAUGCUUUCAUAAGUUCCAUAAAGAUUGCAUCGACGAAUGGCUGAGAAGGAAGAAACUCUGCCCAGUUUGCAAGUGCGGGAUUACAAGAAGUUAGCCAAUGCCAGUUUUCGUGCUUCCGCAAUCUGUCAGCUGCUUGUGUGGUUGCAUUUUUCCGUCAGUAGUGAUACAGAUCGGAGGCUGCACUUGGCUGCAUCAUGUGCCAAUGCCCCGAUGUGCCUUUGUUCCCACAAAUCAUACUUAAUAAUCAAUAUUUAGCAUGUUUACUGCAGCAAUUUGUAUAUACAUGUUUCUUUUUUCA